AUGACACGAAAGGGUGUUCAACAGGCUCAGCCUAAAGCCCAGUGGAACCCCAAUGAAAUCGACUCCUUCCUCACAUAUCUUAUCUCAGUCAAAUCAGCGAUGGCAGGCACGAGCUUCAAGGAGGCGACAUUCAACGAAGCUGCGAAAUAUAUUGAGAGCUUGAGGACAGUUGGGCCUGUGAAGACUGGGGCUCAUUGCAAGAAUAAAUGGGCAAUGUUAAAGCAGACAUACAACGCCAUUGAGUCAUAUCGGCAUCAUAAAUCAGGUUGUCACUGGGACAAUGAGCGCGGGGCCAACAUUCAGGGGCCCGCCGCUGAAGCUGUCUGGGAGGAGUAUGUUAGCAGGAAGCCCAACUUCCCCAUGAAGAGUUUCAAAAACUGCGGCUGGCCAUACCAUCCCAAGAUGGAGGAAAUUCUGCCC